CUAACUGAAAAAAUAUCGAAAUAACUGAUAAUCUCAAGCUCCUCUCCGAAGUGAGCAGCCUCCACUCUCUCCCCUCUCUCUCUCUCUCUCUCUCUCUCUGUGUUAAAAGAUUAUCCCUUCGCCAACAUGUUUCUUCUGCCACCGCCCCUUCCAAAUCGUUUCCCUUCAGUUCCGCUAACUUUCACAACACAGUUCCGCCACCACCGCCACCGCCAUAUAUUCCAACCUCCACUUUCCGUUACAGCCAUCGUUACCGAAGCAUCCUCUUUCUCUGUUUCCUCGUCCAGACAACUUGAUGAAGGCGACGACGAAAACGACAUCAACAAUCGCCGGUACGACUUCACUCCCCUCCUUGACUUCCUUUCUAACUCUCCCGAUACCACCGGCAGUUCGGGUCCGGAUCCUCCGAUUUCACUUGACCCGACCGAGUUCCAUCUCGCCGAGUCGUACCGGGCCGUGCCGGCCCCGGUCUGGCACUCAUUCCUAAAAUCCCUCUGUUCCUCCUCCUCCUCCUCCAUUGGACUGGCAUACGCCGUCGUUUCAUGGCUCCAGAAACACAACCUCUGCUUCUCCUACGAAUUGCUCUACUCAAUUCUCAUCCACGCGCUUGGGCGCUCCGAGAAGCUCUACGAGGCCUUCUUGCUUUCCCAGAGACAAUCCCUAACCCCGUUAACCUACAACGCCCUAAUAGGCGCUUGUGCUCGCAACGACGACCUCGAAAAGGCGCUCAAUCUCAUGUCUCGAAUGCGCCAAGACGGUUUCCCACCCGACUUCGUCAAUUACAGCUUGAUUAUUCAGUCCCUUACGCGCACUAACAAAGCCGGCUCCCCGAUUUUGCAGAAGCUUUACUCCGAGAUCGAAUGCGAUAGGAUCGAGCUCGAUUGCCAGCUUCUGAAUGACAUUAUCGUCGGUUUUGCGAACGCCGGUGACUCUGCGCGUGCCAUGCAUUUCCUAGCCAAGGCUCAGGCCAGCGGGUUGAGCGCUAAAACGGCAACUCUCGUUGCGCUUAUAUCCGCCUUGGGAAAUUCGGGUCUCACCGUGGAGGCCGAGGCCAUUUUCGAAGAAAUAAGGGACUCCGGAUUGAAGCCAAGGACUAGGGCUUACAACGCGCUUCUCAAAGCGUAUGUGAAAGCCGGUUCCUUGAAAGACGCCGAGUCGAUCGUAUCGGAGAUGGAGAAGACAGGAGUUUUGCCGGACGAGCAUACUUACAGUCUUCUUAUCGAUGCAUAUGCAAAUGCAGGCCGGUGGGAAAGCGCGAGGAUCGUCUUGAAAGAAAUGGAGGCUUGCAAUGUACAACCUAAUUCGUACGUGUUUAGUAGGAUUUUAGCGAGUUAUAGGGACAGAGGAGAAUGGCAGAGAUCCUUUCAGGUUUUGAAGGAAAUGAAGAGCAGUGGAGUAACGCCGGAUAGGCAUUUUUACAAUGUGAUGAUUGAUACUUUUGGCAAGUACAAUUGUCUUGAUCAUGCUGUGGCCACCUUCGAUCGGAUGCUAUCUGAGGGAAUUGAGCCCGACACGGUUACAUGGAACACGCUGAUUGAUUGUCAUUGUAAGGCGGGGCGGCAUGGUAGGGCAGAGGAGUUGUUUGAAGAAAUGCAGGAGAAAGGAUACUCGCCGUGUGCUACGACGUAUAAUAUCAUGAUUAAUUGUAUUGGGGAGCAGGAGAGGUGGGAGGAUGUGAAGAGCUUGUUAGGGAAGAUGCAGAGUCAAGGGUUGCUGCCAAAUGUGGUGACUUACACCACUCUGGUUGAUAUUUAUGGACAGUCGGGGAGGUUCGAGGAUGCGAUAGAGUGCUUGGAGGGCAUGAAGUCUGCGGGAUUAAGACCAUCCUCGACAAUGUACAAUGCCUUGAUUAAUGCCUAUGCGCAAAGGGGUUUGUCUGAGGAAGCAAUAAAAGCAUUUAGGGUCAUGAGAGCAGAUGGCCUGAAGCCUAGUCUUUUAGCUCUCAAUUCAUUAAUAAAUGCAUUUGGUGAGGAUAGAAGGGAUGUUGAAGCCUUUGCUGUGUUGCAGUACAUGAAAGAAAAUGACUUGAAACCAGAUGUGGUGACCUAUACUACGCUUAUGAAAGCUCUGAUUCGUGUUGAUAAAUUUCAUAAGGUUCCUUCUGUGUACGAGGAAAUGAUUUUGUCUGGGUGCACGCCAGAUAGGAAAGCCAGAGCAAUGUUACGGUCCGCUCUUAGAUAUAUGAAGCAGACAUUGAAAUCAUAGUAUAUGGGGGCCACACAGCCAAAGAAAUGUACAGGGCUAUCGUGUUUGUUCCAUUAGUUAUCUAUUUGAGGCUAUAUUGAUUCAUGCAACGGUCGUUGCCAGAAAGAGAUUUAAGGUAUGGGGCAAAUGAGUAGGAAUGCAAAUGCGGACCAAAGCCUGGCAUCAAAGCACACCCAAAUACGUGAAGAUACAUACCAUUCCUCAGAAGCAUCAGAUAAUACAUUUACCUGUGUGCCGAAUAUAGUGUUGAACUAUGCUUGUGGCAGAUAAUAGAGAGAGGAAUGAUAGAAAAGUCUUCCAGACUAGUUUUCUAUUUUGUUUUUGUUGUGUAAAGGCACGAACAAAAAUAAUGGCAUAAAUCUUAUCAAUUCAAUUCAACGGUCAUAAUUUUUUU